AUGCAGCUUCAUUUUUUUUUUUUUGACCCUUUGUCCGAAGGGAAGACAUUCAUUUCUAUUUUUGUUUUUUUAACAUCGACAGUAGCCUUAAUUAAUAUAUCGAUAUACCACUACAUUCAGAAGAUUAAAAUCUAUAACGAAAAACUAGGGAAAAUUGUUAUUCCUGAAUUUAUAGAGAAUAGGCCUUUUAAAGAAACAAAUGUGAUGCAAAAAGACGAAAUACUAGCAAUCAUAUUAAGGAAUGUGAACGCUAAAUUCGUAUCCACAAUGAAGAAGCAAUAUGCUUUUAAGAACAUAGAACAGUUAGUGAAAUUUCAUGAUAAUAUUAUUGCAGGAUUCACGAAGAGGUAUUUUGAAAAAUAUAAGGAAUUACCGCUCGAAGACAUUCAAGGCUGGGAUAGGAUGUUGUUAAUCGCUAAGAACAUUCAAGACGAAGAUCUGAAAGAUGUCUAUGCUGACAUGGUUUCAUCAGAAAUAGCUCAGAAGUAUAGCAGUAUUCGACCCACUACUCAAGAAAAUGGGCUGACCAUGAACGGGGAGUGA